AUGCGCGGCUUACUCUUCUCGGUGCUCUUCGACACGCUGGUGUCAGCGUUGCCACAAGUCGCAUUUCCGUUCAACUCUCAGGUACCGGCCCUCGCACGAGCAAAUGAAGCCUACGCCUUCCAACUCGCCCCUACGACUUUCGUCUCCAGCGAUGGCAGCACGCUAGUCUACACCUUGGCGGGUGCGCCUGCUUGGUUGAAUCUGGAGAGCACGACACGGACAUUAUAUGGCACUCCUGGUCAAGGAAAUACUGGUCCGAAUUUCUUCAAGAUUGUGGCAACAAGCAACGAUGAUUCGGUCGACAUGGGCUGUACUCUGGUGGUGGCCAGCAACAGCGCUCCAGCUCUGAUGGGCAACAUCUCAGCAGAUCUUGCGAGAUCAGGACCUUUGUCAGGACCGACAACCUUGAUACUGCAAUCAUCCACCGCAUUCGCAAUCACAUUCUCAAACAAUCUGUUUGGCGAUCCGGGUACCAUCAAGUCUUACUAUGCCACUAUGGCUGACCGAACACCACUUCCAUCAUGGCUCAAGUUCGACAGCAGCUCUUUGACAUUCUGGGGUAUGACUCCUGUAUUGGUAACAGGUUCGCAAACUUACGGUGUCGACUUCAUUGCAUCGGAUGUGGCCGGCUUUGCAGGAGCGACAACAACCUUCAGCUUGCUCAUCAGCAGCUAUCAGCUGGCUUUCGACCCCCAGACAGAGAAUAUCACAGUUACACCAGGAACAUCAAUCACUGUGGGGCCGUUCGCAGACCAGCUGCGUAUAAAUGGCGCGCAGGCUACAAGCAGCCAAUUGCAAAAAGUUGUUGCAAAGGCGCCAGAGUGGUUGAUGUUCCAGAACAGCUCCAUGGAGUGGACAGGAAUACCUCCGCAAGACUUUGAGUCGCAGAGCUUAUCCAUCACUGUGACAGACACAUAUGGGGAUAUAGCAGUCAAGAACAUUCUCCUUAAUACAGCGAACGCAUCGCUGUUCAACGGCGAGAUUGGGAACAUGACUGCAACAGCUGGGAAACAGUUUAGAUGCACGUUCGCUCCGUCUUUGUUGACACAGAACGACGUGAAUCUUAGCGUUGAUGUCGGUUCCGCCUCCUGGUUGCAAUAUGAUGCGAGCAAACGCCUGCUUCAGGGCACCCCACCCACCACAGCCAAGGCUUCAGCAAACAUAAUCACGGUGACUGCUUCUUCAGCUUCAGAUACAGAGACCCAGACCUUCUACAUCAACUUGGAAGCAGCGGCAGUCGUAGCGACCUCUCACACGACUUCGAGCACUACAGCAAGUCCGACUUCGACUUCUUCUCCUUCUGCCACGACAUCUCCUGCGAAAUCAAAGGACAAAAGCAUGACAGCAGGUAUCAUAGUGGGAAUUGUGAUUGGCUGUUUAGCAGUCCUGGCUUUAUUCUUCGCCAUCGCAAUGUUGUGUUGCCGCCGCAGAAGAAAACAUCCUCACAAGAAGAUAGAAAAGAGCGAUAUCAGACCGGUGUUACCUUUUGGUGACCAAGAACCUAUGGUAGUAGAAAGCGACCAGGACGAAGAGAAGCAUAUUGGAUCGCCUGUCAAGCAUUCGCCUGAUGAACCUCCUCAACUGGAUAUCGAUCUUCCAACGGCAAUGCAAUCGCCCAUGAAGCCACGGUAUUUCCUGGGUGGUAGGGAUGCUCGUCAAAGCAAGUUGUCCGUAGUCAGCUCGCUUGGCGAUGAAGCAGAGAAGCGUCGCAGCAUCCGUAUAGUCAGCCGGACUGAAAGCGUCGUAGACCGCAGACCUCUUGCUGAGAAACGACAAUCAUUCAUCCGCAAUCGAGCGAGUAGCGGCGUCAUGAGUCCAGUGCUAUUCGCCUCUUCACGGCGCUCCUCAAACAUGGGUCUCUACAGCAACCUCGGCUCCAUCAAAGGCAGCCCCAGCGUACGCCGACAAACCACAUCCCCAUCACUCCUUGAACCACCAGCCCGCAACCCUCGCCGCUUGGUCUCAGGUCCACAUGUCUUCCCACCCGGACUCCCACGAGCCAUCACGCCAUCACCAGUCCGCGGCACCAACAACAACAACAACAAUUGGACAACCACCAAUACCAGCAGUUCACUCUCUCGUGAUAACUCGGACGCAAGAGCAGCAGCACGAUACGCCGAAUACGCCAUUGAAAUGGAACUGCCACGACACCAACGCACUUGGGUACGGCCAGGAGAAGCCUCUCCCACACCGCCACCCAGCAGUAUCCUCCGCACUCCCAGCAAUAACCGCGAAGCCGCACGCCGCAAAUGGGCAGAAAGACUCAACCGCAAUAGCUCAGGAAACCUGGCUUCGCGAUCCCCAUCACCGCUGCGAGUAACACUUACAGGUGUCAGCGCAUCAGGCAUCAAAGGCCGCAAACAGAGACUAAAGACCUCUGUCUCUUCUUCAGACGACGACAAGGAAAACAAACCCGAAGAUCGCUUGAGCAAACUCGUCAGCAACGACAGUUUCAGCGGUGCCAGACACAUGCGUGGAAGAAAGAGUUUGGUGCAAGUGAAAGCAGGGAAUAGGAUUAGUAGUUCCAUGGCUAGGGUUGAGGAACCGGAUGCUGUUGCUAAAGAUAAAGCUAUCGAGAACGAUGAUUGGGAAGAUGUGGUUAUGGAGGAUGCUGCGUCGGCGCGUAGUGUUCGUAAGGGUGUGUUGGCGGCUUCGACGUCUGAUGCUAGUAGUGUGAGGUUUCUCUGA